GGCUGAAUCUUGAACAUGGCGUCCAGCGGCUUGAAGCUGAGCUUCUGGGAGAGCGGGCCUCAGCCCGGGCAGCUGUUCCUGCGCGGCCCGGCGGCCUCCUGCGGCCCGGUGCGGCACACGCUGAACCCCAUGGUAACGGGGACGUCGGUGCUCGGCGUGAAGUUCACCGGCGGCGUCAUCAUCGCGGCGGACAUGUUGGGCUCCUACGGCUCUCUGGCUCGCUUCAGGAACAUCUCGCGCCUCAUGAAGGUGAACGACAACACCAUCCUGGGAGCUUCAGGAGAUUACGCCGACUACCAGCAUCUCAAACACAUCAUUGAACAGAUGGUCAUCGACGAGGAGCUGCUGGGCGACGGUCACAGCUACAGUCCGAAGGCGGUCCACUCCUGGCUGACCAGAGUGAUGUACAACCGACGCAGCAAGAUGAACCCGCUGUGGAACACCGUGGUGAUCGGAGGUUUCUACAACGGAGAGGGUUUCCUAGGUUACGUUGACAAGCUGGGCGUGGCCUACGAGGCGCCCACGGUGGCCACGGGCUUUGGAGCGUACCUGGCUCAGCCUCUGAUGAGGGAGGUGCUGGAGAACAAGGUGGAGAUCACUAAGCAGGAGGCUCGGGAGCUGGUGGAGCGCUGCCUCAAGGUGCUCUACUACAGAGACGCUCGCUCCUACAACCGGCACGAGAUCGCCAUAGUAACCGAGGAGGGUGUGGAGAUUAUUGGUCCUCUGUCCUCUGAGACCAACUGGGACAUCGCUAACAUGGUCAGCGGGUUUGAAUGAAGACGAGCUGCGCCUGAUGAAGCUUCUCAGCAUCAACUUAUCUAUCACAGUUUAGGGUUUUUUUCUGAUGUUCAUUGCAACUUUUGUAUAAUGGAAAAUAAAUAUGGUAAAUCCAAAAA